AUGAAAGAGGACGUGUUACAAUUAGCGGGUCCACAGUUUACACACGGGCAUUGGUUUGGCGGUGAUGCAAGGUGUGUGGUGGAAAAAGCGUAUCGAGGGCUGAUGAACUUCCAGGAAAGCCAAACGUGGAAGUUGCACCAUAGAUUUCAGCAAGGUUAUUUCGACAUGGGCCGAAGAAAUGCUUGGAUGCGAGUCCGAGUGGAUAUGCUUUUAUGGGAGAUAAUACCUUAUGGCCCAAGUCGGGCGCAUGAGCUGCCUCGUCCUCUAGCGCACUUUGGGACCUCCUUUUCCAGUGUGUUCUUCGUUCUCCUCUGCCGGUUUAGCUUCAUUCAAUUGAUUCCUGUUCCGAAAAUGGCAGCAGUGUCAAGCAAGGUUGUCCAACAUGUACUGGUAGCACAUUGCUGCCAGCAGGAUAGGCAGUUAAGCACUCAAUACCAAAAGGAUUGUUGUACCCCUAAUAGGCUUAACUUAUUUCCCCACAUAAGGAGGAAGUUGGCAUGGACUCAAAUCUCCACCAUGCAAUUGCACACAUUCUCAAAAUUUAACCGAGGAAUUGUUUACUGCAAUGCAGCCGCAUAUGCCACCGUCUUACAACCUGUUGACAGAAGUGCUUUUCUCAAGCUUCAAAAUGGGAGUGACAUUCGAGGUGUUGCUAUAGAUGGUGUUGAGGGCGAACCUAUUAACCUCACUGAACCAGUUACAGAAGCCAUUGCAGCUGCUUUUGUUGAAUGGUUGCUGAAUAAGAAGAAGCCUGCUGCUUCUAGACAGUUGAAAGUCUCAAUAGGACAUGAUUCACGAAUAUCCGCUCAGAAGUUACAGGAUGCUGUAUCACGAGGCUUGGCUGGUGCUGGUGUUGAAGUUAUUCAGUAUGGACUAGCAUCCACACCAGCUAUGUUCAAUAGCACCCUCACUAAAAGUGAAGAAUUUCUUUGUCCAGUCGAUGGAUCUAUUAUGAUAACAGCAAGCCAUCUUCCCUACAACCGUAAUGGGUUUAAGUUCUUUACUGAUGCUGGUGGGCUAGGGAAAGCGGAUAUCAAAGACAUAUUGGAACGUGCAGCUGAUAUUUACAGAAACUUCACAGAUGAGAGUCUAAAGGACUCGGCGAAAAAAGCCGCAAAAUCUGUAAAAAGAGUAGAUUAUAUGUCUGUUUAUACAUCUGAUCUGGUGGGAGCCGUUAGGAAAGCUGCAGGGAACAAAGAGAAGCCACUGGAGGGAUUCCAUAUAGUUGUUGACGCAGGGAAUGGAGCAGGAGGGUUCUUUGCUGGAAAGGUGCUCGAGCCUUUAGGAGCUACAACCUCUGGAAGUCAAUUCCUAGAGCCGGACGGUCAUUUUCCCAAUCAUAUUCCUAACCCGGAAGACAAGGAAGCCAUGACAGCUAUCACUCGAGCCGUGCUCGACAACAACGCAGAUAUGGGCAUCAUCUUUGAUACUGAUGUUGAUAGAUCUGCUGCUGUUGACUCUACCGGGCGUGAGUUAAACAGGAAUCGUUUGAUAGCUCUUAUGUCUGCUAUUGUCUUAGAGGAGCACCCUGGGACAACUAUAGUUACAGACAGUGUGACAUCUGAUGGUUUGACUAUAUUUAUUGAGAAGAAGCUGGGUGGAAGGCAUCAUAGGUUCAAAAGAGGCUACAAAAAUGUGAUUGAUGAAGCUAUUCGUUUGAACUCUGUUGGUGAGGAAUCAUAUUUAGCCAUUGAAACCAGCGGCCACGGAGCUUUGAAGGAAAACCAUUGGCUUGAUGAUGGCGCAUAUCUGAUGGUCAAGCUUUUAAACAAACUGGCAUCAGCUAAAGCUUCUGGGGUUGGUCAAGGCAGCAAGGUUCUGACUGAUAUGGUGGAUGGUCUAGAGGAACCAGGUUUUGCUGUUGAACUAAGGCUUAAAAUAGACCAAAAUCACGCAGAUCUUAAAGGAGGAUAUUUCCGCGAUUAUGGAGAAGCUGUGCUGCAGUAUUUGACCAACAUCGUGGAUUCAGAUCCAAAACUUGCAAAAGCGCCUGUUAACUACGAAGGAGUAAGGGUGUCGGGCUAUGGAGGAUGGUUCCUUUUGAGACUCUCGCUUCACGACCCUGUUUUGCCCCUCAACAUCGAGGCACCAAGCAAAGAAGAAGCUGUAAAGCUAGGUCUUGUGGUUCUUUCUGCUGUUAGAGAGUUUCAUGCACUGGAUACUUCUGCUUUGGAUAAAUUUAUUUCCUAG